GGGGUCGAACAGCCUGUUCUGAACUUUAUUCUGGGAUGUUAUGCAAUCAAAUAAAUCGCCUCAUCGAUCCAAUAUCUUCUCAUAGUCUCUUUUAUCUUGCCCCGGUUUACAUGUACUAUGAGCUAAGUAGCUUUUACCAAAAUCAUCGUACCUUUGCUCGCUCUGUGAGUAUAGAACAGCUUCGUGGACUGAAUGUAUCCAAAAAGAAUCUACAAAAGUGUCAGCCCCUUCUAUCUCCGAAAAAUGGAUCCGACGUAUACAUGCCGUGUGGCCUGUUAUCAAAUAGCAUCUUUAACGAUACCAUCCUCUUAAAGUUCGUUGAAAGUCCGUCCUCAACGCAUCCAGUUCCUUUAAAGAAUUCCUCCAUCGCUUGGAAGUCCGACAUUGAGAAGAUGUAUGGAACGGUGCCUCAAAGCGGUUGGAAAGGAACUAUUAAGCCCCCCAACUGGCCAAAACCGGCUUACGAGCGUUCAGCAGGUGCUUUUAAGACCGACGAGGAAUUGAUGGUUUGGAACCGUAUCGCUCCUUUCCCAAACUUCAGAAAACUGCAUCGCAUCCUUGAUACUCGACCUGGCUUAUUCGAGUCUGGAUUGCCAGCCGGCAAAUACAGCCUCGAAAUAAAUUCUAGUGAGUUUUUCAUCGACCUUUGA